AUGGAGUCCCUCGUGCCGUCAUCUUGCGCUGAAGGUGGGGUCGAUGUACCACAGGAGGCUGGACGAGUCACAACGUCCUGCCGAGGUGGCUGGGGUAAACGCCCACGCCUGCGUGGUCCAAUGGAGGAAGUUGAGACAUCCUGGAAGAAGGCUAAGACAAGAACAGGCAAAAAGUUGCUCCGGUCAUCCCGCGCUAGUCAGCUUGACUACCAUUGCGUGCAUGCUCUGCAAGACAGAGAGGGUCUGGGUGCUGUGUACGCUGGACGAGAUGUGAUGAUGGUUGGAGGGACAACCCGAGUCGGCCCGCUCCCAAAGUGGACCAGCGCAACUGCCAGCCCACUUAACUUGGACGAGAAAAAGGUCUGGAAGUCUAUGCGAUCCAUGGAAGUCGAGUUCGCUUUUGAGUGGGGCCGAGAUUCAGGAACAGGAUAUUAG